AAACUUACAUUUUAUAUCCUUCUCCUAUAUAAAAACCUCUCAAAUACAUCAUCAGUCCCCAAACUCUCUAUUUAAAGCUCUUUUUACAACUAUCUAGUAAAAGCUCUUUUGGUGUCACGAAGCACAAACCACACUUGAAAAAAGGAAAAUGGAAGCAACCACAAUUACCCAUGUGACGACCAAUAAUCCUAAUUAUAACACCACCAUUCAUGGACCGGUCGUAGAAGAAGUGGAAGACCUUAUUAGAGUCUACAAAGACGGUCACGUGGAACGAACUCAGUUCGUGCCGUGUGUGGAUCCCUCACUACCCCUCGAGCUUGGUGUGGCUUGCUCUGAUGUUCAGAUAGACGAGUUGACAAACGUAUGGGCACGUCUCUAUGUCCCAACGGUGAACAACUCCUCGUCCGUCUCUAAGCUCCCUUUGCUUGUUUAUUUCCACGGUGGAGGCUUCUGCGCCGGCUCGGCUUCUUGGUCGUGUUACCACCAGUUCUUGGGCCGAUUGUCAGCUAAAUCACGGUGUCUGGUCAUGCAUGUAAACUACCGUUUAGCCCCUGAGAACCCUCUUCCGGCAGCAUACGAAGAUGGAGUCAAUGCCAUUCUUUGGCUCAAGAAAACAAGAAAUGAUAACUUGUGGUCCGAGCUAUGUGACUUUGGCAGUAUAUUCUUAGCCGGAGACAGCGCCGGAGGCAACAUCGCCAACCAUGUAGCUUCGAGAUUAGCAGACGUUGACGCUCUUAUAAAGCCAUUGAUAAUAGAAGGAACGAUCUUGAUCCAGCCUUUCUUCGGUGGGGAGGCGCGUACCAAGAGCGAGAUGCGCGUGGAGAACAACACGGCGAGCUCAGUGCUGACACUUACGUCUUCAGACACGUGGUGGAGGCUGGCUUUGCCGCGUGACGCAAACAGAGAGCAUCCGUAUUGUAAACCGGUGAAGAUCACGACGAGGACGCUGGUUUGUGUGGCGGAGAUGGAUGUGCUGAUGGAUAGGGCGAUGGAGAUGUGCGAUAGCGAUGAGAAAAUGAUCAAGUGCGUGGUAUACAAAGGCGUUGGUCAUGCGUUUCAGAUUCUUGAUGAGUCUUCGCUUGCUACCACGAUGACUCUUCAAAUGUUGUGCGACAUCGAUGCUUUCAUCCACCACUCUGAGAAUUUAAAUUAGUUAUGUAUAUGUAACCUGUUUAUGGUAGCACUUCUAUGUUUGCAUCUUAGAUUUUUUUUUGUCACAAAUUUUUUUAAUGUGUUCGUGUUGUUGCGUGCAUGAACUAGGCCAACCAAUUAUCUUAUCGAAAGAUGACCUAGUAU